UCCCGCUGAGGCUGCGGUUCCGCCGGCUGAGCCAAGCGCACCAGCCUCGCGGCGCGCAGCCCGCACAGCCCCGCGCUGCGCUGCGGCACCUGCCAGCGUCCCGGGGCGCGGCCGCCAGCGGUGACCCGGUCACGGACCCGGCCGGCCCGCGCCUGAUUUCAUCGUCUGUGUCUGAUAUCAAAUCAUGGGGAGGAAGCUUGACCUGUCCAGUCUGACCGAUGAUGAGACGGAGCAUGUUCUGCAGGUGGUUCAGCGAGACUUCAAUCUUCGAAAGAAGGAGGAAGAACGGCUAAGUGAGAUGAAGCAGAAGCUAGAUGAGGAAGGCAGCAAGUGCAGCAUUCUCUCCAAGCACCAGAAGUUCGUGGAGCACUGCUGCAUGCGCUGCUGCUCACCCUUCACCUUCCUGGUCAACACCAAACGCUGCUGUGGGGACUGUAAGUUCAACGUCUGCAAGAACUGCUGCUCCUACCAGAAGCACGAGAAGGUCUGGAUCUGCUGUGUCUGCCAGCAAGCAAGGCUUCUGAGAACCCAGUCUCUGGAAUGGUUCUACAACAAUGUGAAGAGCCGCUUCAAACGUUUCGGCAGCGCCAAGGUCCUGAAGAACCUGUACAGGAAGCACCGGCUGGAGAGUGGAGCAUGCUGUGACGUGCUAGGAGGAAAUUUCUUUGAUGCAAACCUUGAGAAUGAAGGAAGUAUAUCUGGCAGUGAUUCAACAUUUUAUAGGCAUUCAGAAGGACAUAGUAUGAUGGACACAUUGGCUGUCGCCCUACGAGUGGCAGAAGAAGCCAUUGAGGAGGCCAUUUCCAAAGCAGAAGCCUUUGGGGACAGCCUGGACAAGCAGAACGAGGCCAGUUACCUCCGGGGCCAUAAGGAAGAGCUGACUGAGGAGCUGGCCACAACAAUCCUGCAGAAGAUCAUAAGAAAACAAAAGAACAAAAGUGAACAGCAAGUGGAAGAAGAGCCAGAGUGGCCACAGGCCCAGAGCUGCGGCAUGAAGGUGACAGAAAAGGGGAACACAGCCUCCCCUGGAGGCCGCUGCACUCCCACCUCCCUCUGGCAGCCCCAGUCUGCCUUCUCACUCACUGGAGAAGAUGCCCUGAAGACUCCCACCCUAGCCACUGCAUCGAGGCAGCAGAGAGCCGGAGGCCAGCCGCGGAAGGAGGAGUCAGCUCUGCCUGGCUGGAAGAGUGUGGACAAGCUGGAUGAGACAAAUCACAGCUUGGUUUUGCGAAGUCCUGAUGGAAACUGGGUGGCCCUCAAGGAUGACGCCCUGGGCCCCUCUCGCCUGCUGGCCAAACCAAAGACUGGCACUUUCCAGGCGCUGGAAGCAGCCUCCCGUGUGGUGUCUGCCUAUGAGGAGAUAGGCUCCGACAGCGAGGGGGACUUUGACUGGAGCGAGGCCUUGAGCACACUGUGCCCCCAGCCCCGGGGCCCACCCAGGCACCUCCAGCCUCUCCCCGCGCAGGCCCAGGGCUUGGACCAGGGGCCCUCAGCUGCCUCAGCCUCCUCUGUGCUCUCUCCUAACCCAGAGGCCAUGUGCUCUGACUCGGAAACGUCCUCAGCAAGCUCUUCCCGAGAAGCCAGUCACCGGGCCAGGCUCUCCUGGCUGCAGAGGAAGGCCCCCAGGAACCCCUCCGCUGAGAAGAUGCACCUUCAAGCAGAGCUGGAUGUGAACUUCAAUCCUCAGCCAGGCAGCAGGGAGACUUCAGAUAGCAGUGAGCCCGAGGAGGCCCCCGACAGCCCAGACCGGCGGGCCAGAAGGUGGAGGAGGGCCCGAGGGGGCACGGCUGAGCCAGGAGAGGAGUUGGCUUCCCCCGACGCCCAUCCACUGGAGUUGGACCCACGUCAGGUGCUGGAUGAUGAUUUGUCAGAGACUGACAUCAGCAAUGAGACUCAGCACCACUGGACCAGUGCAGGUACCACAGAGGAGAAAGUGAGGAACAGGUUGUAUGAGUUAGCACUGAAAAUGAGUGAGAAGGAGACCUCUUCAGGAGAGGAUCAAGAGUACGAAACCAAGACGGAAUCUGAGAACCAGAAGGAAAGUUUGUCCUCUGAAGACAAUGUCCAGAGUGUCCAGGAAGAGCUAAAGAAGGGAAAAAAAGAAGCUUUAGCUGUCCACUUAGAGCUACAGCUCUUAUCUACGGUGCUUGAACAGAAGUAUUCUGCUGUUUCUCUCUGCAACAUCUCCACAGAAGUCCUGAAAGUCAUCAAUGCCACAGAGGAGUUGAUAGCAGAGUCUUCAGGGCCCUGGGAGAGCCCAUCUGUCCAUCCUGAGAAGGAGAAGGGGACCUUUCCUCUUGGGACAGACCAAGUGAGACUGGAUGAGCAGCUGACUUCCCUGGAGGAAAACGUGUACCUGACCGCAGGCACCGUGUACGGACUCGAAGGCCAGCUGAACGAACUGGAGGACGCUGCCCGCUGUAUCCACAGUGGCACUGCAGAGACUGAACUGGCAGAGCUAGAGGACCAGGUGGCCACAGCCGCUGCUCAGGUCCACCAUGCUGAGUUACAGAUUUCUGAUAUAGAAAGCCGGAUUUCAGCCCUGACCAUGGCAGGACUAAACAUAGCACCCUGUGUGCGUCUCACAAGAAGACGAGAUCAGAAGCUGAGGAGCCAGGUACAAACCAUCAUCACCUCAAGGCAGCAGAGGAGGAAACUACCCACUCCACCAGUGAAAGCUGAAAAGACUGAGGCAUCUUCUGUGACCACCAUUAAGACACUUAACCACAACUUCAUUCUCCAAGGCUCCUCAACAAACAGGACUAAAGAGAAGGAAAACACUACCACGGAUGUGAUGGAUCCCACCCCGGAGUCGGCUGUGAUGUACUAGCGCCUUGGAACUCCACUGCCAGUGACUCACUGCCUCCGGCUGUACACGACAGUGCCUUGACCCAACAGCCAUGAAUACUAUCGGGAUCUCCUCCUGAGGAGAGGGCCCUGGGAGGCCACAGUGCGCCGUUGCACAGAGCCGUCCUGAGCCCUCACCCGGAAAGCAGUCCAGACUCCAGCACUGCAGCCCCACCCAGUCUCCGCCGUAGGAUGCAGGGGAAUCCGGGCAGGAUAGACCAACCACCAAGACGCUGGCUUCCGACAUCAGAGCUCCACGUUCAAAAGAUGCACCGUUUUCCCUGUUCACUUUGCUAUGUGUUGUCUUUACGAUCCUUUUACCUUAAAAAAAAAAAAAAAAAAGGAAAAAAAAUCCCUUUGAUUCCACUAAAAUUGUCAACAAGCUGCCCAAAGGAAAAAAUGGAGUAGGAUAAAGGGAUGCAGUGGAGUUUAGUAUUAUCACUCACUUAAUUUAUCACCAAUUCUUACUACUCUCUCACAAGCAUCUUAGAAAUGCUGGAGGAAGAGAGAGAAAGGGAGAAGAGAAAGAGAGAGAAAGACGGGGGUGGGGGGGAAGGCUUGCCCUUGUAGUAAGCAAGCACUAGAGAUCAUCUAAUUUGGGGUCUUACUCAAAUCUCUCUUCAGCCACCUUCUUCCUGCUAAACUCCUAGCCACACCACCAGGCAUUCCCACUGCUCUGCAGUAAAUACCAAGCCUCAAAAUUGAAAACUCCCAUUCACCCAUACCAUGCCCAGAUCUAUCUGUAAAAAAAAAAAAAAAAAAAAAAAAAAGUCCUAUUAAGAAUUUAAGGUCAUUUUGUUUGUUUGUUUGUUUUCUAAAAAACUUUUUUUAUUUGAGGGGACACAGAAAUUGAGAA